AUGUUUAGACUAUUUGCAACGAAGCAGACCGCUAGAGUCUUUGGCAGAAGAAUGAACUCUUCUGCUUCGAAAUUGGAGAAAAAGGUGUUUGUGUCUCAGCCGGCUGAAGGCAAGAAAUUCACCAAGAAUGUUGAGGACAUUGUUGCUCACUCUAAAGCCGGUGCUGCCACCUGGAAGAAGAUCACCAUGUUGAUGGCUCUUCCUGCUGUUGGCCUUGCAGCCUUUGCUGUUUACGGUGUCGAGAAAGAGCAUGCUGCCAAUAGAAAACGCUUGGUGGCUCUCCCUGAUGAUCAAUGGCCAAAAAGUUAUCCAUAUCAGAAUGUCAGAAAAAAUGACUUCUUCUGGGGUGACGGUGACAAGACUUUGUUCUGGAACGAGGGUGUCAACAGACACAUCCACGAUUAA